AUGCCGGUACUAAAACAAAUCAUUGGAACAAUCCUCGCAUUGGCGACAGUAUCAUCAGCUCUUCCGGCACUUCCCAAACUUAAUGAGAGGGCAUUGAAAAUGUAUGAGAUUAGUUUUAAGAGACAGGUUACGGAUACAGGAUUACCGGCUAAUUUGACUGAUGUGGAUAUUUUGCAAUUCGCUCUUACCCUCGAGAACCUUGAAACAGCCUUCUACCAACAAGGCUUCGCCAAAUUUCCUGAUUCAGACUUCACAGCACUUGGUCUCACAGCACAAGAUAUUACCAAUCUCAAAAUGGUCGGCAUGACCGAGGCAACUCACGUAACAACCCUCACGAGCGCUAUCUCUGCAAGCGGCACCCAACCAGUCGCUCCAUGCACCUAUAACUUUAACUUCACCACUGCCCAAAACAUGAUCGCCACAGCCAAUGUCCUCGAGAAUAUUGGCGUGAGUGCUUAUUUAGGCGCAGCACCAUUAAUCAGCAGCAAAGCCAUCUUGACCGUCGCCGCCGAAAUCGUCACAGUAGAAAGUCGUCAUCAAACAUUCAUCCGUACGGCCUCCAAAGUGGCAGCAGUCCCCUCCGCCUUCGACACUCCCCUCGGAAUUCGCAACGUCUUUUCCCUCGCAGCGCCAUUCAUCCAAUCCUGUCCUCAAGGCUCCAAUCUAGCCGUUACGCCCUUCCCAGCUCUCACCAUGACGACUGCAAAUGAAGCUAUUACCGCAGGGUCAACGCUGCAAUUAAGUACGACGGCGCAGGGAGCAACAGCUUGUGCUUUUACGAAUGGAGGACAAACUGGUGGGACAGCUUUUACGGCUUUUGCUAAUGGGGCGUGUACGGUUCCUCAGGGGUUGGCAGGUGAUGCGUAUUUGAAUUUGGCGAAUCAGAUGCCUGCGACGGGGGUGUUGACGGAUGCUAUUACUGUUGCGGGACCGAUGGUAUUACAGAUUUCUUAG